UGUGUUUUGCGAAAUUAUGUAACACUAAGUGUGACCUCGUAAGCCAUCUCAACAAGCUUCAAUUAAGUAACAAAGGCUACGUAUUCUGGAAUGUUGGGGUGGUGGUGGCAAACUCAGCGUCCAUAUAAAUAUGAACAUUUCGCGUCCAAUAUUAUUACAACCAAAGUCAUGAUGGCGAAAUUAACCUUAUUGAUUUUAUCGCUGCUUCUAAUUCUAUCAUUAACAAUUUCGAAAAAACAUAAUCAUCGAAAUAACAUCGCAAAUAUUAUUAACUCAAAAACUAAUUUAGAAUUAGUACACGUGGUGUUCCGACAUGGUGAUAGAACCCCAGAAAGAAGAUACCCCAAUGAUAUUUACACCGAAGCUGAUUUUUAUCCAACCGGAUUUUCGCAGUUAACUAACUCCGGGAAAUUACGAACGUAUCAAAUUGGAACUAAAUUAAGAACGACUUUCAAUAAUUUUUUGGGGGAUAUCUUUUACCCAGAAAUAGUUGAUUCAAUAUCAUCGCAUUCCCCGAGAUGUAAAACGUCACUUUUAGGAGUUUUAGCCGGAUUGUUUCCGCCGAAAAAUUCCGAAAUAUGGAAUUCCGAUUUAAACUGGCAACCGAUUUCAUUCAACGCUUACACUUCAAGCGAAAAUAGGGUGUUUGCCCCAUUUGGAAGUUGCCCGAAUUACACCAAAUUAGUGGCCGAAGCUAUGGAAGGAAUGUAUCAAGAUACUAAUUUCACACAAUUCCAAGAUAAAUUCGAUUACAUCUUAACCAACGCUGGAAUGACGGGAAAUAUAGGUUACGCAGUCGAUGUUUUAUAUUCAACUUUAAAAUCGCAACAGGAAUUCGGGUUACCACUUCCAAAUUGGACGAAUUCGGUUUGGCCCGAGCCAAUAAGUUCGAUGCAAUCCCAUGGAUUUAAAUAUUUAGCUUUGAACGAUAAUUUAAAAUCGAUUGCAGCUGGGUAUUUAACGAAAAAAAUUGUUGAUAAUACUCAUUUAACAAUUAAUAAUCAAGCUCCUGUUGGAAGAAAAAUCUAUUUAUAUUCGGGUCAUGAUGCGAAUAUAGUUAGCUUACUCAUGAUGAUGGAUAAUUUUGAGCCACAUUGCCCACCUUAUGGUGCUUACAUCACUUUUGAGGUCCAUAACAUCGAUGGGGAGAGAUACUUUAAGAUAACCUACGAAAAUUAUUCUUCAACAACCCCUCAAACACUAACUUUAUCUUGCGGAUCUUAUUGCACCGUAACCGACUUUGUAAAUCUUUACUCCAAAUAUUUAAAUACAACAGCUACUGAUGCGUUAUGUGGAAGUUGGUAACUUUAAAUAAAACGAUUGCAAACCCAAAA